AAUUCCGAGAACAAGGAUCCGGUUAUCAACGACGACGACGGAUAUUCUAUCGAAACUCAGGCGGCUCUGAUGGCUUUGGAAGAGAAACCCGAGACCGAGACUGUGGAAUCAGCUGCGGCAAAAAAGAAAAGAAAGAAGAAGGAGAAGGAAAAGGAAAAGGAGAAGAAAGCAGCUGCUGCAGCCGCGGGAAGUACACCGGUAAUUGAAACUGCCGAGACAAGUAAACCAACGGAAAAUGAUUCCAAGACCAAAGGAGUUGGGAAGAAAGUGACAAAGCUUGUUAGGGAGAGGCAAGAAGAACUGACUAAAAGAAAAGAGGCUGAAGAAAAAAGGAAAAAAGAAGAGGAAGAGAAUCUAAGGAAAGAAGAAGAGGAGCAAAAAAGGUUAGAGGAGCUUGAGAGACUUGCGGAAGAAGCUAAACGUAGAAAGAAGGAAAAAGAAAAGGAAAAACUCCUGAAAAAGAAGCAGAGAGAACAAGCAGAGCGUUUUGAUGCAAUCAGGAGGCAGCUUUGUAAUCCUGAAGCUGCUAAAAAUCAAACUGUUUCGAAGCCUGUGGCUGAAGAAACUGAAGAUAGAGAAGACGCCAAAGUUGUGGUUGAGGAGAAAAACGAAGAGCACGAUACACAACAGGCUGCUGUGCCUUCUAGGCCGAGUGAUAGUAACCUCCGGUCACCAAUUUGCUGCAUCAUGGGUCAUGUGGACGCUGGCAAAACCAAGCUUCUGGAUUGUAUUCGAGGUACAAAUGUUCAAGAAGGUGAGGCUGGUGGUAUCACUCAACAAAUUGGUGCAACUUACUUUCCUGCCGAGAACAUACGUGAUAGAACUAAGGAACUGAAAGCUGAUGCAACGCUGGAAGUUCCCGGUCUACUGGUUAUUGAUACCCCAGGCCACGAAUCAUUCAAUAACUUAAGGUCUCGGGGUUCAGGUCUAUGUGAUAUUGCAAUUUUGGUUGUUGACAUUAUGCAUGGCUUAGAGCCACAAACUAUAGAGUCACUCAAUCUAUUAAAAAUGAGGAACACAGAGUUCAUUGUUGCAUUAAAUAAGGUUGACAGGCUUUAUGGCUGGAAAACAUGUCGCAAUGCUCCAAUUCGUAAAGCAAUGAAGCAGCAGUCUGAAGAUGUCAAAAACAUGUUUAAAACAAGGGUCAAUGAGAUUGUUACUCAGUUCAAGGAACAAGGGCUAAAUACUGAGUUGUAUUAUAAAAAUAAAGAAAUGGGAGAAACAUUCAGCAUUGUGCCUACAAGUGCAAUAAGUGGUGAAGGAAUCCCGGAUAUGUUAUUACUAUUAGUUAAGUGGACCCAAAAGACCAUGACCAAGAAGCUUACAUACAGCGAAGAAGUGCAGUGUACCGUUUUGGAAGUCAAGGUUAUCGAAGGCCAUGGAACUACUAUUGAUGUUGUUUUAGUUAAUGGUGUUCUUCAUGAAGGGGAUCAAAUAGUUGUAUCUGGAAUGCAGGGUCCAAUUGUUACCACAAUUCGAGCUUUAUUGACACCUCAUCCAAUGAAGGAACUUCGUGUUAAGGGAUCAUAUAUCCAUCACAAAGAAAUCAAAGCUGCUAUGGGUAUCAAGAUCACUGCCCAGGGACUUGAACACGCUGUUGCUGGCGCUAGUUUACAUGUGGUGAAGCCUAAUGAUGAUUUGAAAUAUAUUAAAAAAGCAGCCUUGGAAGACGUGGAGUCAGUCUUGAGCAGGAUUGACAGGAGUGGUGAGGGCGUUUGUGUCCAGGCAUCUACCCUCGGCUCAUUGGAAUCAUUGCUAGAGUUUUUGAAAACUCCAGAAGUGAAUAUUCCUGUUGGUGCUAUAAACAUAGGCCCUGUACAUAAGAAGGAUGUGAUGAAGGCCAGUGUAAUGCUUGAAAAGAAACGAGAAUAUUCUACUAUAUUGGCGUUUGAUGUCAAAGUCACCUCUGAAGCUAAGGAACUUGCAGAUAAAUUGGGUGUGAAAAUUUUUAUUGCCGAUAUUAUUUAUCAUCUAUUUGAUCAAUUUAAGGUUUACAUGGCCAACAUUAAGGAGGAGAAAAAGAAAGAAUCUGCUGAUGAGGCAGUCUUUCCAUGCGUUCUGAAGAUCAUACCAAAUUGUGUCUUCAACAAGAAGGAUCCGAUUAUUUUGGGAGUUGAUAUCCUUAAAGGCAUUUUAAAGAUUGGAACUCCAAUUUGUAUCCCUACCCAAAAUUUCAUUGAUAUUGGUCGCAUCAACUCCAUUAAGAUUAACGAUAAACUGGUUGAUCGUGCGACAAAAGGGCAGCAAGUAGCCAUUAAGAUUGUAGGCAGAAAUUCUGAGGAACAGCAGAAAAUGUUUGGGAGACAUUUUGGGAUUAAUGAUGAACUUGUAAGCCAUAUUUCACGGAGAUCUAUUGAUGUUCUAAAAAAUUAUUAUCAAGAUGAUCUAUCUAUGGAGGAACGUAAGCUGCUGGUGAACUUGAAGAGGAUUUUCAAGAUACAAUGAGACUUGAUCUACCGCCC